CUCCGUCAUCGUUGCAAGUCGUUGUUAUCGGUUGGAGAGCAUUGGUUCACCGUUGGGGACUUGCGUGUCAUCUCGUCUCUCCCAUCUUCGCCUCAUCCUAUUGUUCUUCCUUUCGAGACGGUGAGAUAGGUAUCUAUCCAUCCAGGGUCUGUGUCGCGGCCCUCAUCUUUUGCAAUACAACAUCUUUAUCUUGGCCUCUCUUCCCACCUUCUACUCUAGUCUUGGACAACGCAACCGCAGCAUUUUCGCUAAAUCACCAAUAACCGCGGCCUCUCCAAAGCAGCCCGGCCCUCUUCAUUCUCUCUACCUCGCUCGAUUUUGAGACAUUCCUUUCGACCCUUCUUCCACGACUUUACAAACAACGCCAGCACCAUCGAGCUCGCCGAAAUGGCAUCACCCACUCCGGCCCCCCGGCCGGACCAAAUCUCUGCCUCGACCCCCCUCCUCCAAUCCGACUCGACUUCCUCAUGCGCUUCUUCCAUCCGUUCCCUCUCCCCGUCUCGACGACGUCACCGCAAUGGGCGUACCUCCCCAGCCGCCGCUGCCUCGGCCCGCAAUCUCUCCUUCGCCUCGGCCCUGCUCUCCUCCCUCUGCGCCGGCUCCAUAACCAUCUUCAGCAUGUACGGCCACAUCUUCCAGGAGCGUCUACACUACACCCAGUUCGAGGUCAACGGGUUGUCGAGCGCCGCUUCGUUCGCCACAUACAUGCCGGUGCCCUUGCUGGGGUACAUGUGCGAUCGCGUGGGGCCGGGACCGCUAUCGUUUGUGUCGGCGCUGUUCUUUGCGGCUGGGUAUGGGCUGGCUGCAGGGGUGUAUAAGCGGGAGGCAGAUGGGGCGGCGUUGGGCAACGGUGCUGAUGGCGAGGAUACCGGAAGGUUGGCGUAUGCGGCCAUGAUUACUGCGUUUGUGUUCAUCGGCGUGGGAACGUGCUCCAUGUAUAUGAGCGCUGUGGCGACGUGUGCAAAGAACUUUGGAAGGGGAAAACAUCGGGGACUGGCACUUGCAGUGCCUAUUGCCGCAUUCGGACUGAGCGGGAUGUGGCAGAGCCAGCUAGGAAGCCGAGUGUUCUACGAAAGAUUUGCGGAUGGGACAAAGGGCGACUUGGACGUCUUCCACUUCUUCAUCUUCUUGGGUGUCUUGCUAUUCGUCGUUGGCUGCCUAGGCACAUUCGGCUUGAAGAUCGUUGACGAAGAAGAUUUGAUCGACGAAGCUGUCGAAGAACUGGAACGCAGCGGUUACCUCGACGGAAGCACAUUCCUCCAGGGGAGCUGGACUGCAGACAGACCGGGCUACGGCGCCAUCGAGCAAUCACCCCUCGACAUGGAAAGCGCCGGCAUUCUCGACCCCUCCAAGCCCGACAACGACUCCGACUCGGAAGAAGAAGACGACAACGCCCGCAUCAAGAAAACAUGGGUCCUCAACGCCGAGACCCGCCGGUUCCUAACCGACCACACAAUGUGGUGCUUCGCCCUCGGUUUCUUCCUCAUGAUCGGCCCCGGCGAGGCCUUCAUCAACAACCUCGGCACCGUCAUCAAGACGCUCUACCCACCCCAUCUCAAAUUCGUCGGCGAACCCACCUCGGCGGCCACCCACGUCUCUAUUGUCGGCAUCACCAGCACCCUUGUUCGCCUCCUCACCGGCUCUCUGACCGACCUUCUCGCACCCAGCCCGCAGGCCCGUCACGUCCAGAUUACCUCGUCCGGAACUCUCGAACGCAAGCGCUUUUCCCUCUCCCGCGUGUCCUUCCUGCUCUUCUUCGCCGUCACCCUCUCCGUCGGCCUAGCCACCCUCGCCUCGGGCUGGAUCCAAAACCACGGCGAGCGGUUCUGGGUCGCCUCGGGUUUGGUCGGUGCCGGCUAUGGCGCCGUCUUCUCUCUCACGCCCAUCAUCAUCACCGUGAUCUGGGGCGUCGAGAACUUUGCGACCAACUGGGGCAUAGUGGCCAUGUUCCCUGCUCUUGGCGCCACGUUUUGGGGCUUGGUGUACUCGGCUGUUUAUCAGUCCGGGGUGGAGAAGGCGGCCUCUAACGGGCAAGGCGGGGAGGAGGAUCAGUUUUGCUAUGGGAGUGAGUGCUAUGCGUCCGCGUUUUGGGCGAUGGCCGCAAGUGUUUGGGUUGCGUGUGGGUUGGUGUUGUGGGCUUGGAAGGGAAAGAAUGGAUGGGCGCAGAGAGGUAUUGUGGUUUAAGCGGGCGGAAUCUUGAGGGUAUUUGACAAAUUGGGAAUCAGGGAACAUAUAUGGGCAUUGUCUGUGAUUCAAGGGCCUUCUGGAGUUUUGGCAAGGUGCAUUUGGGAUCUUGGGUAUUCGGGUUUCACUACAUACGGGGACGUGACGUCCAGCGGUUACUACUCGGCUUUUUCCAAUUUGUGUAUUGUGAUGUGUAACCUCCCGCGCCCAAGUUGUGCAUAUAGACAGACUGCAGCUAUUCAUGUUGAUACAACCGUUAGCCUUCCGAUG